CUAAGCGGCGAUAAUUUGAUCCAAGAUCUCCAGGCACGUCUUAAUUCUGCGGAGAACAAGCUCAAACAUUUGGAGGACGUGGACAAGCAGCUGGAGGAGAUACAUCGAAAACGCCAAGUGGAGAUGACCACGACCGCUCGCGAGAUGGAGCGCACGUACGAGUCGCGUCUUCAGGAACAGCUCCAGGCAAUGCGCGCCGAGUUCGAUGCACGCUUGAACAGAAAUCGCCGUGACAUCGAUGAAACAUACAAGAACAAGCUGAAUGAAGCGAACGAAGCACGUCAGCAGAUGAAUCAGGCGCGAGAGGAGGUGGCACGCAUGCGUCUUCGAAUCCACGAGCUGGAAAAAACUGGCGGUGGUUAUGAAAGCCGAAUUGAGGCACUGAACAAAAAGAUUGCCGAUCUGGAGAGUCAGCUGCGCUUUAUUCGUGAUGACUACGAUGUGCGGCUCAGUCAACGCGAUAAGCGAAUUCUGGAGCUGCAGGGAGAAAUUGAUCGCCUGCUGAACGAGUAUCAAGAUCUGUUCGACCUGAAAGUUCAGCUUGACACCGAAUUGAAAGCGUACCAGAAUCUGCUUGAGGGCGAAGAAUCACGACUGAAUAUCUCGCAACAGUCAUCACCAGCGACGUCACCAUCAGCUGCUGGCGAUCGUGCCUUGAGUGUUUCGUUCGCUGAUUCUGGAUAUCGUCGAGCAGUCAAGAGAAAGCGCUUCAUCGCAUCCGACGACAGUCUUUAUUACCGGAACACUGCCAAGACAUACAAAACAACAUCAAAUUCGGACUGCGAUAUUGAGAUCGAGGAGCAUGAUACGGAUGGCAAGUUCAUCAAACUGUGCAACAAGGGCGAUGAGACCAUCUCGAUUGGCCAGUGGGCGAUUAAGAGCGUGGCGAGUGACAAGGAAACAGUCUACAAGUUCCACACCAGACAGACGAUGAAGCCCGGCGAUACCAUUACUGUCUGGAGUGCGGAGAGCGGUGAGCGACACGUUCCUCCAUCUCAGCUGGUCAUGAAGAACCAACACUGGCCUGCCGGGGAUCGUGUCAAAACGACUCUUGUCGAUGCUGAUGGCAACGAAAUGGCCACCCGAGAAAGCGUUGCUGAGCUGCAGUUCGGGCAUUUCAUGAGUGAUGAUGGUCACGAUCCGGACCAGCGAUGUGCCCUGAUGUAG